AUGAAAUCACUCACCGAUAAAUAUUUUAAUAAAUUUGAAAUUAGCUUUUUAGAUAUUUGUGGCCAUUCCAUUAGUUUUAAUUCAGCAUCAUUAUUGCAUGGUGGAACUUCUAUUUCUACUAUUUUAGAAUCAAUUUCAAAAUGUCCAACAUGCUCAUCAAUAGAAAGUAUUAAAUAUGGAUUAAAAGCUUUUGUUACCAUGAAUUCAGAUAAAAUCGAAUACUGA